AUGCUCUUGUCGCGAACUAUAUCCCACGGCCGAGCGCGGAUAGACUGGCGUAAUUGGAGGGGGUGCGGGAGCUGCCUCAAUCGCCAGUAUAGCAAUGCGACAUCUCGAGCCUCGAACAAAUUCCUGAAGAUUUCCGAGGAAGUCCAGGAUGCGGUUGCAACCGGCAAGCCUGUUGUGGCUCUCGAAACUACAAUCUACACUCAUGGUUUUCCCUAUCCCGACAAUGUGGCUCUUGCAAAACGUCUUGAGUCUAUCGUGAGAGAGAACGGAGGAGUUCCAGCUACAAUCGGUGUACUCAACGGAAUUGCGAGGGUUGGAAUGAACGCUGCAGAGCUGACUGAGCUCACAUCUGCCUCUCUCCAGAAAAACGUCUUGAAGGUUUCCCGUCGGGAUCUAGGAUACAUCUGUGGAGUGGGAUUGACGGGAAAACGUAUGCACGGCGGAACUACGAUUGCGGGUACUAUGGUUCUAGCCCAACUUGCUGGUAUCAAGGUCUUUGCUACAGGAGGACUUGGUGGCGUACAUCGUGGCGGCGAGACCUCCAUGGAUAUUUCAGCCGACCUUACUGAGCUUGGUAGGACACCCGUUUCCGUUAUUACGUCGGGAUGCAAAAGCUUUCUCGAUAUUCGACGCACUCUCGAGGUUCUAGAGACGCAAGGCGUUGUGGUUGCUACUUUUGCCGAUGGCCGGGAGGGACCGAUUGAUUUUCCCGCCUUCUUCACAAGGGACAGUGGGAUAACAUCCCCGAGAGUCGUUCAGGAUGAAGCAGACGCAGCUGCGAUAAUAUACGCCCAAUCAACUCUCCAACUUUCCUCUGGAAUCCUGUUUACAAAUCCCGUUCCUGAGGAGCACUCGUUUUCGAAACCAGAGAUGGAUGCCAUUAUUGCCAAGGCGAUCGAACUGUCUCAUUUAGAGGGUGUCCAUGGUAGUGAUAAUACUCCAUACAUCCUGGCCAAGAUUAAGGAACUUAGUGAUGGGAGGAGCGUUGAGACCAAUAGGGCUCUAGUAGAAUGCAACGUAAAAAGGGGGACCAGGGUUGCCGUGGAGCUUUCAAAACUCGAAUCUGGGCGCACGACGGAUGGAAGUCGAUAUAUACCCAUUUUGAAUGGAAACAAUCAGAUAUCUACGGAACCGGUGGCUGGCUUGAGGUCAUCAGAAGAGUCAUCCGUCUCCUCUUGCAGUGUGCUAGCAUCCGAAAGGGUUGAAAAUAAAAUCGACGUACUUGUGGCAGGCUCUCUGGCAGUUGAUCUGGCUUGCGACUUUAUACCUUCUAAUGCUAGUGAUUGUGAUAAAACACCCGCACUCCACACCUCCAAUCCUUCUAUUAUUAGCCAGAGCCUAGGGGGUGUGGGAUACAACGUGGCUCUGGCAUCAAGCUACAUGGGCACUUCUGUACUAUUUUGCAGUGUCAUCGCCAACGAUAUCAGUGGUCGAAGCGCUCAGGUGGCUUUAAGCGAAGCAAACAAAAAUUUGCGCUCGGAUGGUGUCAAGGAACUCACUGCAGCAGAGGAUAUCAGAACAGCGAAGUACAUUGCGGUCAAUGAUUCAAAUAAAGAACUUGUUCUUGCAAUGGCAGAUAUGAGCAUCCUCGAACUUCCGGAGGAAAAACUCAAGUUUGAUGAAUUUUGGGAACCCUUAAUUCAGCGAGCGAAACCUACUUGGGCCGUCGUUGAUUGUAAUUGGAGUCCCCAGGUCAUAAGUAAAUGGAUUUCCAUAUGCAAUACCCACGGAGUUAAAAUUGUCAUCGAACCAGUAUCAUCUGCCAAAGCAGCCCGGCUGUUCUCGCGGAUCAAAGGAAAAAACAAUGAUCUGCCUAAUAAUCUGCUGUGCAAGUCGUCGUCUGAAAGGCAUCUUAUCGAUAUCAUUACACCAAACCGCUAUGAACUCGCGUAUAUGCAUACUACCGCUCGUGACGCGGGUCUCUUUGAUAGCCCUGAAUGGUGGAAUACCAUAAACUCACUAUCCCUUCCUAGCACGGGUUCCAGAGACCGUUUCAUCUCGGUGACUUCCGCCAGCAUUGUAGAUGAAGGCAUUCCACAACAAAGUAUACAGCUUCUGCCGUUUAUUCCCUGCAUUGUUACUAAGCUGGGCAAGCAAGGUGUUCUACUUACUCAGCUACUACGGGAGCGAGAUCCAAGACUGGCUGAUGUUGAAUAUGCGCCGUAUAUUCUUAGUCGAGCAGUCAAUGAAGACAAUACGAACACUGGCAGCCGGCGCGUUGGCGGAAUCUAUAUGCGGCUAUUUCCUCCCGCGGAAGAAGUGACAGAGCAGAAUGUUGUCAGUGUAAAUGGCGCAGGUGAUACGUUACUUGGGGUGCUUAUCUCUGCUUUGGCAAUGGGAGAGAAGAGUGGAAAGCCAGAAAAAACAUGGCUGGAACGUAUCAUACCAGUAGCCCAACAAGCGAGUGUCAAGACCUUGAAAAGUAAGGGUGGAAUAAGCCCUGAUAUUCAAAUUUUGAAGCCUUCGCUGGAAACGUUAUAG